UGGUGCGCUGUGUCCCUCAGAUACAGCGGAUUACCGAUCUACGGAAACAGUCGAAGAUGUCGGCUCAGUCAUGUGAUCAGCUGUGUCCAAUCACAGCUGAUCACAUAAGUGCCAGCUGUCAGUGCUGAACAGUGCCACGUGCCAGUACCACAUCAAUGCCACAUAUCAGUGCCUACCAGUGCACAUCAAUGCCACAUAUCAGUGCCCAUCUGAGCUGCCUUUCAGUGUCACCUAUCAGUGCCAGUCAGUGCCACCAAUCAUGCCAAUCAGUGCCACCUAUCAGUUCUGCCAAUCAGUGCCACCUAUCAGUGCCAGUCAGUGCUGCCUAUCGGUGUGAAUCAGUGCCGCCUAUCAGUGCCCUUCAGUGCCUCCUUUCAGUGCCAGUCAGUGCCGCCUAACAGUGCCAGUCAGUGCCACCUAACAGUGCC